GCUGGGACAGCCGUAAAAAUGAGGCGGCCGAUCUUUAGUUUGAAUCUAGGAACCAGCACGAAGGUCAAACUGGGCCGAGCUGGUUUCCAGUUCACCUCGGACCUGCAGCACCUGAGCCCGGAACAACUCAGCCAAGAGGCUGGAGUCUCCCAGCAGGAGGCGCUGCAGGUGCUGCAGGCUGUGAGGACAGGAGCAGGAGGUGCAGCCUCUCUCAGUGCUCUGGAGCUCCUGCACAAGGAGGAGAGCUGCAGGAGCAUCAUAACCUUCUGCUCACAGCUGGAUGACGCUCUGGAAGGAGGACUUCCUGUCGGGAAGACCACAGAAAUCUGCGGAGUCCCAGGAAGUGGAAAAACCCAGCUGUGGUGCGUUGCCAUGACUACAUGGAGCUGUUGGCUGAACUUCACCUGCUGCCCACCUUCCUUCAGGACCGGACCAAGGUCCGCCUCCUGAUCAUAGACAGCGUGACUUUCCCGUUCCUGCAGAUGUUUGAUGAUCUGUCUCUGAGGACACGCCUCCUCCAAGGCCUCGCCCAGCAACUUAUCACCAUAGCAACAAAUCACAACAUCGCUGUUGUCAUCACCAACCACAUGACCACUCGGCUGAAGGGCGCACAGUCACAGUUGGUGCCAGCCCUCGGAGACAGCUGGGGCCACGCCCCCACCACCAGGCUCCUCCUACAGUGGGAGGGGUCACAGCGGCUGGCAUCCAUCCUUAAAUCUCCAGGUCACACAGAGACCACCGUCCAGUACCAGGUCACKUGUGAGGGCUUCAGAGAUGCUGACCAAUCACAACAGCUACAGACUCUUAUUGACCAAUCAGCUUCCUGCUCAACAAACAGCAGCGUUUGAUUGGACACUCAUAUUCAGCCAAUCAGAACUGAUGCUUACAGGUCUUACAGUCUUACAGUCUUACAGGUCUUACAGUCUUACAGUCUUACAGUCUUACAG